AUGUCGAAAAUCUACGAGAUCGACCCCGAGGCCGACACGCUUGUUGUUGUGCACCCGCUGGCCGAGUCCUUUGCGCCGUGGCCCGAGCACGACAACAAAAGCACGACGAUCCCGACCAAGCACCUGACCAACGGCUACCGUAAUGGUGUUGUUGUGCCCGUACCUGUGCCUGCUGGUGUGCGCAUCAAAGUCUCGUCCAAGCAUCUAAGCCUGGCAUCGCCGCGUUUCCGCGACAUCCUUGCCCAGAAGACGGCUGUGGCCGCGAACACCAAUGGCAGCGGGAAGCAAUCCAACGGCGUUACGACGCCGCCGGCCAGCCCGAACUCGCUGUGGCGCAAGCAAGCGGCCACAACCACCGCCACCGACGAGUCGGAUGGCCGCAUCCACAUUGUUCUUGACGGCCUCGAUGCCGACGCCACGACGACUGUGCUGAACAUUGUGCACGGCCGCGGCGGCAAGGACCGUGUGCCCAAGACUGUGUCGCUGGAGGCGCUGGCACGCAUUGCCGUGGUAGUCGACAAGCUCAAGCUGCAGGACGCCGUUGAGAUCUAUGCCGACCGCUGGGUCGACGAGCUCCACAGCAAGAGCGCACCGUCCAGCAAGGACAGCAGCCGCGACCUGGUGCUCUGGAUCUACGUUGCCUACGUCUUCCAGCGCGACAGCAUCUUCAAGGAGGCCACCAAGAUCGCCGCCGCGCAGCUCACGGGCCCGCUGCCCACGCUGCCUAACCUGCCCCUGCGCGCCAAGAUCGCCCACGACAUUGAUGCCCAGCGCCAGGCGGUUAUUGGCCAAGCGCUCGACAUUCUCGAGACGGCCGUCGACAAGCUCGUGCAGGGCGAUCUGGACCAGGAUGAGGAGACCACAGCGACGGACGGCGAAGAGAACAACUCCGACACGUUUUUGCUGGGAACACUGCUGCGUACGCUGCACCGUCACAAGCUCAUCUGGCCCCGCCCCCCCUCGCCGUAUGCCGGCGUGUCGAUUGCGGCCAUCAGUCACGUGGCACACGACGUGCAGACUCGGGCGUGGCGGACGGCGUUCCGGAUCGGCGACUCAACCCGCAACAACCGCACAAACAACCAGCUUCUCCUAGCGCCGCAGCUUGACAACCUGCGCGCGGGUGUGGUCGGCCUGGCGCUGAAAAGCGACCUCGGCUACAACCUAUAUUAUGGAGUGGUCGUCGUCGUGCACCGAGAGCGGGAGCGAGCAUUCGAAGGCUCUGAGCCCGGACUGGAGGUGAUCAGGCAGGACGACAGAGACGUUGAAGGGGCGGCAGAUAUUGCAGCCGAACUGGCCACAGAACUGGCUACAGACGAUGACAAUAGCACCGGCGGUGAAGCUGAACACGCUGACGAUGAUGACAUGGACAGUGGCGACGUCAAUGACGGUGCCAACAGUGACGAGAUCGGUUCGGUUGAUGCGGCCGACGAGGUCAAUGAGCGCAACGAAGAUAUGGACGACUACGUCUCAGAGGCAGAUUCAGAAGCUGAUGCGACGCUGGUGGGCGACGGCAGCUUUGAGCAGCGGCAGGUGCAGGCGCUGUAUGAAAUGCCGUCAGAUGCGACCGACAAGCGGCGGCUUGUGGAGCCAUUGGGGAGAGACGAGCUGCUCUUGCCAUGCGAGACGGCUCACGACACGGUCGUGCUGCCGGCGCGCUUGGUCCUGGACUCGAAGCUCGACACGACUCUGGACCGCGUUCUGGUGUCGCUGAGUCUGUGCGCAAGUUUGGCGGUGAUGGAGUGGGUGCCGCAGCUGCUGCACCCCGGAUCGAUGAAGCAUUGGGGCCGGCGGACGGCGGUGUUCCUUUUGCUGGUUUGGCUACCGGCUGUACAUUAG